CGCGCGCUAUAAAAGAAGCCGCCUUGGCCACGGCCUCUAGCAGUGCGCCCGGCGGUCCUGCGGAUCUGUUUCUUGCUUCAACAGUGUUUGGACGGAACAGACCCAGGGACGCCCCUCCAGCCAGUAAACGACCACUCUCCAACCUCUUUUCCAGUCGCAACCUUGGGAGCCAUCUUCUUGGCCACCCGCUGCCUCCGGGACCAGCCAACAGCCAAUUUCGAGCUUACCUUACCACCAAUCAACCAUGAGCUCCCAGAUUCGUCAGAAUUAUUCCACCGAGGUGGAGGCCGCCGUCAACCGCCUGGUCAACAUGCAUCUGCGGGCCUCCUACACCUACCUCUCUCUGGGCUUCUAUUUCGACCGUGACGAUGUGGCUCUGGAAGGUGUGGGCCACUUCUUCCGCGAGUUGGCCGAGGAGAAGCGCGAGGGCGCCGAGCGUCUCUUGAAGAUGCAAAACCAGCGUGGCGGCCGCGCCCUCUUCCAGGACGUCCAGAAGCCGUCCCAAGAUGAGUGGGGGAAAACCCUGGACGCCAUGGAAGCUGCCCUCGUUCUGGAGAAGAGCCUGAACCAGGCCCUUUUGGAUCUGCAUGCCCUGGGUUCUGCCCGCGCAGACCCCCAUCUCUGUGACUUCCUGGAGAACCACUUCCUAGAUGAGGAGGUGAAACUCAUCAAGAAGAUGGGCGACCACCUGACUAACCUCCGCAGGCUGGCCGGCCCCCAGGCUGGACUGGGCGAGUAUCUCUUCGAGAGGCUCACUCUCAAGCACGACUAGGAGCCUUUGGAUACCAGCAGCCUUUGAGGGGGCCCCUCUGACAGCCCCCUGGUGCCAGAGCUUGUGCCUCAGCCUCUUCCCUGCAGCCACGAGGCAGCUUUUUAACCACCCUGGAGCCCUCUCCCAAGCCGUGGACCAAGUGGAAACAAUAAAGCUUUUUGCAGCA